AUGAGUGGUGCAGGGCCUCAGGAAAACAAGCCGGCGAAGAAUAGACUCCAUAAAUCUCUGCCCAAUGUGCAUCCUACGAACUCGAUGGUUUUACCGGACGGAAAAAUAUUCAAGGUACAGAAGAAAAGGCAAAGAAAGAUUCACAGCUGUAUACCUUGUCAUCAAAGGAAGAUCAGGUGUUCACGGGAAAAGCCUACUUGUAACAACUGCUUAAAGCUGGCAGAGAAGAAUCCCGCAGAAGAGGACGAGAUCAUCGAAGCUUGCAAAUAUUUCGACAAUGAUAAAAAGAAAAACCUGAAGAUAAAAGGCGUUGAGAUUGAAGAGCUUCAGAGGCUCCCAUCAGAGAGUGAAGGAAGUCAAAGUGUUAGUGCGGUUGGAACUGCACACGAGAGAAACAUUCAACACGCUAGUCCCAGUAGAUCCUAUUUUAAUCCUAUUAAUGAUUAUUACGGGAUGGAUGAUCAACCAUUAUGCCGUCAAGAGUAUCAAUCUAAGGAGGACUCAUUUGAAAUGGAGAAUGGCUCUGAAAAGAUCGAUUCAGAAAUUUCCGACAGGGGAAAUCAGAAUAUUCAUGAAAAUGAACAUGAACAUACUUUAAAGGAUGUAAAUCCAUCAGAAUUUCCUUUUGAUUCAACAGACUUUAUUUAUAUUCCAAGAAAGGAUACACUGGCUUUCUUACCAACAGAAGAAAACUAUGCGUGUCAGGAUCUUAAUUCUAGUAACUUUCAACUGAACUCCAUGUAUUAUGAAAACCAAGUGUGUUCUCAGUACGCAAAACAAUUUGCCUCUCAGUUUGUCCCUAUUCUUAAUAGUCUACCUACCAAGGAUAGGUCAGAUGAGCUUCUGAAAACUUUUCAGGUAAACAUUCAUUCAUUAUUACCCAUUCUAGAUAUGGACUCAUUUGUUGAGAAGUAUAACGAAUUUUGGUAUUGUGGUAUGUUUCUAACGGACAAUAUCGAAAGGCUCUACGAAUAUAACAUUUAUUUCAAGGACAAAGAUGACACCGAAAUACCAGAAAAAAUAAACGACUUUCUUUAUUGGCAUAAUAAGACCAAUGAAACUCUAAACCCAUCAAAUCUCUCUGAAUUUUUGAUCCUUUUAUUUGCAAUGUACUACACGUCAAUGGCAAGUUCAGUGUAUGAAUUUUUGUCAAAGAAAUACGACAAUUUUAAUAGCAUUUUAACCUAUAAGAAUGAGGUCAAUAAAUAUUACAAUGUUUUCAAGAAAAUGAAUAAUAAAGGGUUAAACAAUCCAAGAGUGAUGUCAUUGGCCGUUUUACAAAUUAAUGUCCUCGUUCAAUCUAUUAUAAAUUUGAAGUCGGGAAAUUCGUUAAUUAGUAUAACUAAAAUAUUGAGAAUAAGUCAGUUUUACCAGUUUAAUAGAGAUCCCGUUUUGUAUCACGGAUUGAAGGAAACUAAUUUAGUUCAAACAAGAAGAAUGGUUUGGUGGCAAAUUUUCUUUUUAGAUAAUUUGGUGUCAUUCUUCUUGCACUUACCGCCGUCCGUCAAACUAUCGGACUUUGAUACCAGCUUACUAAUGGAGAACUUAGAUAACCACUCGUCAUCUCAUUGCACAAUAAUGUAUCUCAACUGUAUGUAUAGAUUUACAUUGGUAGUAGAUGAAUUGAGUAGCCUAACAAAUGGUCUGAGUGGUCAGCUAAGAGACGAAGAUGUGACCAAGUUGAAGAAUAGCAUCAAAAACCUUUUCAUCACUUGCACAAUGAGUAAGAAUAGAAUUAAAUCUAUAUAUCUCAAGCAAGUUGCUUUGGAAAUCAAAGUGACAUCUGGUAAUAAAGAAUUCAAUAAUUUGGUAUCCGAAAAUACUGGCGACAAAGGCGAACAUACAAUUCAACAUGAAGAAUAUGGGGCCAAUGAAAAUGGAAAAUUUAACCCCCAGUUGAAUUCUAAAACAUCAGACUAUCAUAAUUCAUCAAAAGAUACCUUGGAGUUUUUUAUUUCGUUUUUAGAUAUAAUUUGUGAUAAAUUACUAAUUAUGUUACAGAAAAAAAUUUUAAUCAACCCCUACGUCUCAAGAGUUAAUACGGUUGUUGAUGAAAAUUUGAAUUUGAAGUUGCAAAAGUUACGAUAUAACUACACAGAUUUACAAAGUAAUCUUCUACCGAGCUUGGUUAACUAUCUAAAUGUGUUUUUGGUUCUGUCUAAGAAAGAUAUGCAAAAAUAUAAUUGGAAGCUAAAAAACUUCAUCCCCAUUGACGAGUUAAUAUUGUUGAUGCAAAUAUUAGCAACCAACUACAAAUCGGGUAUGUCACAGGUUGAUACGAAUGAGUUGCAUGAUAUAAAUUUAAAAAUAUACUUAGUUGAUCAAACAAUCAAUUCAUUGAAACUCAACUGGCAUUUGAAGUUAUCCAGUGUGAAUAAGUUGAUAUUUUUAGCAUCUAAGAUGUGGGAACUGAUGAUCUUAAAAUUCAAUAUAGACUUAGCAGUUGCAUAUUCAUUGUCGGAGAAAUUUGUCUUCCCAACGGCUGUUAACGAAAACACAGCUCACAAUAAUCCAAUCCAAAAACCAAUUUCCUCAGAUUCAGUGAAUUGUGCAGAAAUUGCACCUAGAAGUUUAGGUUUGGCGUCGGCAAUGGAUACCCCAUUGAAUACAAAAAAAAAAUCACUUUUUAAUCCUGUUUCUUCAACUGGAGAAGUUAGCAGAAAGAAUUAUGCGUUGAAUAUGAAUGUUAAUGUAAAGGACCGAUUUUUGAAAGUUGCACGAGAAGUGGAGGAUGAAUUAUUGAAAGAAGGUGGAGCCGGUGUUAUCCAGGAUAUCAAUGAAGAUGAAGAAGGUUGGUAUAAUUUAGGCACAGAAGAGGAGUAUGGAUUAAACUCGAUUGAUGAUUUCCACUUCUACAAGAAUUUGAAAUCUGAUGUUGUUCGCUUAUUCAAAUUAGUUGUGUGUUGA